AUGGAAGCCCAGGCUGAGAUGAGACCUCAUGAUCUGAAUCAGAAUUCUCCCAGAAAGAUCAUAUCACACGUCAAUAUCGACCCUGUUGAAGAUGCGCCUACCAAAGCUUCGGCAAAACUCUUAUCCCGCAAGCCGGUGCCACGAAUUUGGAACCUCAAUGAUGAAUUCUGUAUUGCUGCCUUGAAGUCGGAGUGGUACAAGUCGUUGUUCGCCAUCCAAAGCACCUUUUUCCACGCCUCAAUCGACUUCUUCCGCGGCCCUCAGUACGAUUACCGCUACCUCCUCGUCCCGCUCACUACCGGUAGCAUUAGUUCGCCUAUGGGCCUCGGGUCGGACUCGCAACCCGUGUCGAUCAAGUUACACGGGGAGACCACAUACUUGGCAGAUUCUCAGCAGUUCCUCCUCGAAUACGCCCUCCGGUAUGAUGAUGACGUACGUGGCACCUACUACGUCGGGACCAGUUGCCGCGGAGAGGACCAUGACAGCACUCACCUCAAUCAAUUCUACCAUGUCGAGUGCGAACUCAGGGGCAGCUUGCAGGAAGGAAUCAAAGUCGCUGAUGAUUACAUUAUCUCCCUGACGAGGGUUCUGUUGGAGAGACACGGCGACACCAUCAAGUCUUUUGCUGGCUCAACGUGCCACAUGACGGCCCUCCUGGAGCUCGCUGCUAGAAAUGGUGGUAGGUUUCCAACGCUGUCUUUGGACGAGGCACUCGCAUUGCCAGAAAUUACGCAUGGUGAAGGCAUUAUGUGGGAAUACACUGUGACUGGACGCCCCGAAUGUGGGCGUUCACUGACACGAAGGGGCGAGCAGGCGUUGUUGAAGCGUUGUGGCGGUGCUUGCUGGGUUGUCGAGAUGCAUCAUCUCAGUGUGCCAUUCUACCAGGCUUAUUCCGAUGGUUUAGACCGCAGUAAGGCUCGUUGUGGUGACUUUUUGCUCGGACUGGGAGAAGUCGUCGGCUGUGGCAACCGUCACACCACGGCCGAGGAGGCUUUGGUCGCUCUCGAUCACCACGGUGUUGACUCGACCGACUAUGCCUGGUAUGUCGAUAUGCGGAGGCUGAAACCUCUUGAAACAACUGGAUGGGGCAUAGGAUCUGAGCGGUUUCUGAGCUGGGUCUUGCAGCACGACGAUGUUCGGGACAUACAGUUGAUACCUAGACUUAAGGGGGUGACCAGCAGCCCGUGA